CCUUCGGUUUUUGCUUUCUUCGAGUUCAACUUUCAGGUGGGUUUCGCUUGUAUUCUUGGAACUAGCUUUUUUGUUUUAGGCGUUGUUCAAGUUCAACUAACGCUUCGCUUGUCUUCUGAAUUAGCCUUCGGUUUUUGUUUUCUUCGUGUUCAACCUUCAGGUGGGCUUCGCUUGUCUUGGAGCUAG